UUCCUCCACUGGACACACACAGGCACACACACACACACACACACACGUCGGACUCUGCUCCAGCUCCAAGGAAGCAUCAGGAGGAUGAGCAGCUCCAGAGAUGAAAGGUGGAGGAGACGGAGGCUGCAGCUCCUCCUCACGGUCUGUUUUCUGCUGCUGGAGCCACAUAAAGCUCUUGGUUUCUUCCUGGGAGAUACCAAAGCCGUGCUGGCCGGCUGCGAGGACCACUGGACCCUGCAGGACGGGGUCUCCAUGCCGCUGCUGCACCACAUGACGGUGUGUGUGGACCUGCGGGUGCUGGUCCCGGGGGCCUGGGUGGCCUUCUCCUACAGCUCCCUGUACGCCCCGGGCCGCAGCGGGCCCGAGCUGGUCCUGGAGGGGGACGAGCGCGCCAUCUACGGCUGGCUGCUGAGAGUCAGACACACGUUCCCUCUGCAGCUGAGUCUGGGAUUCUGGCACCGGCUGUGUCUGAGGAGGGACGUCCCCGGAAACAGCUUCAGCCUGCAGGUUGACGGCAGGCUGGUAGCAGAGCGGACGGUCAUCGCCCACGCCAUCCCCCCCUCCGGCUCCCUGUGGCUGGGCUGCCACCCCCGACACCGGCCGCCGGGGCCCCGGCUGGCUCUGGUGGAGCUCUACAUGUUCAGGGUGUGGGCCGACCUGGACGACCACGGGCUGUGCGAGGACGGCGCCGUGAUCGGCUGGGACUCCAGGAACUGGGGUGUGACCAGCCCCAAGGCCCGGGCCAGGGACCCCCACCUGAUGUGUGAGAACAAACGGCCGAGACACGGAGCUCGGGUUUACAGAGACGUUUCUAACGCUGCAAAGCCUCAGUUGGAACGCAACUUCGGCCCUCCGUUUGGAAUUCCUUUCAAAGGCUGCGACACGACCCAACUUUGCUCCAAUGAGAGCGGACACUUUUGGAUGCCCAUCACUGUGGAUGUGAAAGAGACGAAAAAGACUGAAAAAGACGUGGAAACAAUGGUGUCAAAUGCGUUUGCUUGUCAUUCUGACGGCGUCGGAGCAGCACAUCCAGAAACGAGCUUUAUGGAUUUCUGUCAGAGUAACAGAGAACUUCAGGUAGUGAAGGUGUCCUGCAGGAAAAAAAAAAUCAUAAGUCGGAUGAACUGCGGCGUGGUGUUGCGGCUCAGCCCUGCUGUCUCAGCAUGUGACCUGCAGCGAGCCGGGGACUCUGCACUGCAGCAUUCAGGAGAAGGAGUACGAGCACGAAUAACGGGAGCGGUGGAGAGAGUCGGUCUGUGCAAGGGUGUGACGCAUCCUAGUGGUCGGUUUGUGCGAUGCGCAUCCUCGUCCUCCCUCCCUGACGUCUGUCAGUCAAACCAGUCCUCCCAACUGAGAUGCUGGCUGAAGGGGCUCCACUCGCCUCCUGCGGGGUCAGCGACCUCCUGCAGGCAGGAGCGCCGACCUUCACCCUCUUCCUUCUGUGACUGCAGCGCCUCCUGCAACUCUACAAGUCACUUCUACGCUGUAAAAAUCAGCAUCCAGAGCUCUUCUGUCAACGUCAGCACCUUAAAGACUCUGUUUUUAAAGCCAGAUGCAGCCUUGCAGUGCAAUGAAGAGUCUGGAUGUUUCAGUUCAGAGAUUUUAAACCUUUAUAAGGGCGUUCAUCUGGAGUGUCACGGGACACAAGAUAGGUUGUACAGCUGCAUGGUGAUCCUGGAGAUCCCCAGAUCCGUCCACAGCUGCUCGCUCUACCAACAAGUGCUCCGGCGGCUCAGUGAGACCUCCAUCACCAUGGAAAGCCCGCUCACCCGCAUAAUGGUGUGUGGCCGUGCCGGUCUAACUGUCCACGCUCUGGUCGUGUUGAACCUGACCUGGGUUCAGCGUGACCUGUUGACCUCUGACAUCUGCCAACCGGAUUCCACUCUGCUUCCAUGUGAGAGAAAUGAGACUCUUGCUGUUAAUAUGACUGACAGCUGCCCUUCAGAGUCUCCCUUGGCGACCCCACCCACCGAGAGACCGUCGACUCACACGAUCGGCAACACUCCUAAAUCCUCCCGAUCAGCUGUGACUGCAGGACAGAGUCCCACAACAACUGGAACUUCAGCACAAACCACAGCCGCACAGCCGAACAUGACGUCUGCUUCUACACCAAUCAGCAGCUCACAGCCUUCAGCCCAGCAACCGGUGCUCCAGACUGUGGCUGCUUCCAACGUCAUGGCUGUACAAACUACUGUGUUGUCUGGUAGUGCAGUCGCGGUAACACCCUCUAGAAACAAACAAACAAAUCUACAGAGGACAACAACUGCUGCCACGCCGAUAAAUAACACAACUUAUACAACUGUGGAGGAAACUACAAUAUCUAAUAAUAUGAGAGCACCAGCACUGACACAAUAUUCUGAUCAGGCAGCAGAACACAAUGCAAUGUCACUGACGCUGUCUCUGAGCAACACAACAUACAAUGUAACUACCACACACAAUGUGUCUACAGCCACAUACUCUCCAAACGAUACAACUAACAAUCAAACCACAGUCACAAAUUCUCCAAAUAACACAACAAACAAUGUAACUACAGUCACACACUCUCCACCUAAAACAACAUAUGAUGUAAUUACAGUCACACAUUUGGCAAAUGAAACAGCGAAAGUAACCACAGCCACACAUUCUCGUAGUAACACCACACACAAUGCAUCUACAGCUACAUACUCUCCAAACGAUACAACUAACAAUAAAACCACAGUCACAAAUUCUCCAAAUAACACAACAUACAAUGUAACUACAGUCAAACAUCAUCUAAAUGAAAUGACUAACAACAAAAGUACAGUCAUGCAUUCUCCAAUUAACACAAUAUACAAUGUAACUACAGUCAAACAUCUUCUAAAUGAAAUGACUAACAACAAAACUACAGUCAUUCAUUCUCUAAAUAACACGAUAUACAGUGUAGCUACAUUCAGAUAUUUUCAAAUUAACAGAAUGCUCAAUGGAACUUUAAAGCACUAUCUAAAUCAAAUGUCUAUCAACAAAAGUACAGUCAUACAUUUUCCAACCAACACAACUCACAAUGUAACUACAGUCAUACAUUCCCCAAAUAUUACAGCAUACAGCCAAACUACUGUCAGACAUUCUCCAAAUUACACAAAUAACAAAACUAUAGUUGCAAAUUUUCCAACUACAACAAAAAAUGUAACUCUAGUCAAACAUUCUCCAAAUAACACAACUUACAAUGCAACUACAGUCAUACGUUUUCCAACUAGCAAAAAGAAUGUAACUACAGUCAUGCAUUCUCCAAAUAUCACAAAAUUCAAUGUUGAUACAAUCACACAUUCACAAACCAAAACAACACACAAUGCAACUACACUCGCACAUUCUCAAAAUAGCACAACUGACAAUGUAACUACAGCGACACAUUAUCUGAAUAACACAACCUACAGUGAAACUAUUGUCAAACAUUCUCCAAAUGAUACAACUGAAAACAAAACUUCAGUCACACAUUCUCCAAAUUUCACAACAUUGGAUGUAAAUAAAACCAGACAUUCUUCAACCAAAACAACAUACAGUGUAACUACAGUCACACAUUCUCCUAAUAACACAACCGACAAUGUAAACUCAGUCACGCAUUCUCCAGAAAACACAACAUACAGUGAAACGACCAUCAAACAUUCUCCAAAUUACACAACUCUCAAUGUAACUACAGUCACACAUUCUCCAAAUAAUACAGCAAACAAUAUGGCUACAGUCACACAUUCUGUAACCAAUACAACACACAGUGUAACUACAGUCACACAUUCUCCGAAUAACACAGCAUACAAUCUGACUGCAGUCAGACAUUUUCCAACCAACCCAGCCUACAAUGCAACAACAGUCGGUCAUUCUUCACACGUCACAACAUACAAUGCAACUACAGUCCCACAUUCUCCGCCUAACAAAAGAAACAAAACAACUGCAGUUCCUGAUUCUGAAACUAACACAAUAUACAAUGUAACUACAACUGAGCAUUCUCCAAACGACAUGACGAGCAACAUUACUACCGUCAAACUGUCUCCAAAUGACAUAGGAUACAAUGUGAUGACAGUUACACAUUCUCAGGAUAAUACAACACAUAACGUAUCCACAGUAACACAUACUUCAUAUGACAUAAGUAACAACGUAACUACAGCCACAAAUUCUCCGAAAAAUAUAGCUAUGCCAAAUGUAACCACAGUCACACAUUCUGGUACAACUCACAAUGUAACCACAGACACACAUUCCCCAACUAACACAAAAUACAAUGUAACUGCAGCCACACCUUCCUCCACACUAUUUUCAAACAACACAGCAGAGACAGUAACAACAGUCACUCAUUCUCCAAAUGAUACAACAGUUCGUAAUAUAACUACAGUCAGAUAUUCCCCAAAUGGCACAACACACAGUGUAACUACAAUGACACAAUCUUCUAAUCACUCAGCAGCAGCCAGUAUAAAUACAGUCACACAUGCACCAAAUAUUACGGCCCACAACGUAACUACGAUAACUUCACCUCCAAAUGCUACAAGUAACAACACGAUUACCGUGAGCUUGUCUCCCAAUGAUACAACUACAAUUCCACUUUCUUCACAUAACACAACAUACAAAGUCACUACAGUUAUUCAUUCCCUGAGCAACACAACAGCACACAACAUAAUGAACACAUCAUUUCAUAAUGUUGCAUCGGAGUCCACUGUAACUACAGUUACACAUUUUCCAAAUGAUACCACAACAAUGAAAGAUGUAACUACAGUUACACCAUUUUCUAAUCACACAAAUAAAUACAACGUAAAUCCGAAUGAAUUGUUGACUCCACUUGACAAUCACACAACAGUGCGGAAUGUAAUCAUAUCAACUGACAACGGGAGACAACACAACACUCCCGUCAGCACGACAGCGAGUGCAUUCACCACGUCGACCGACCUUGAGACAGGGAACAAUGUAACUUUAGCGCACAGUUACACAACAGAUACCCCAUUUGUAUCUCCCAACUACACAACAGUGAACAGUACAUCAAUGAAGGAAAUAAAUGGUUUGGUUACAAUGGGAAAAACAACAGCAAGCAUGAUUGAAACACCGGAUCACGCAAAUCUUAAGACUGCAACUCAGGCCUCAGGAGCUGUGGUCCAUGCAACUGUUGCACCAAACACCAAGACACACCAGGAAACCACUGCAUGGUCAACCCUUUCUACACAAUCCACCAGCAGCUCAACUCACCAACCGACAACGGCUCUGCUCGACGGCCAGAGUGCCAAGCACACCACUUCCUUCACAAAGGUCACCACUUCCUCCACGGCGACCAGAGAACCAGGAACCGGUUCAACAACUCCAGCAGGUACUGGAAUUCCUUUAACGCCCAUGAGCGAAGCUGCACAGGAGGAACAUGCAAACAGCCUUCUGAACCAAACACAGGACACGUCCCAGCUCAACUCCACUCAGGUGUCACAGCUGGUGGGCGAGUUGGAGAAGCUUCUGGAAGGCCCCUCAAUCUCCAAGUCUGUGGGACAAAAGGCUCUCAACAUCAUCAGCAACCUGAUGGACGGUGACUCAGCAGCACUCUCGACCUCCGCUAACAGGCUGAUUCGACAGGUGGAUAAUUUGGGUCUGAAGUUGAUUGUAGAGGACAGCGAGAUCCUCGCUUCAAGCUCGCUGCUUCUGGCAGUCAAUAAAGUGGACGGGUCCAACUUUACAGCAACUUACUAUGACAUUGUCAACACAGAUGAUGUGCAGCUCCAAGUCCUCAGCAGGUCCCGGUGGUCCAGGUCUAAGUCUGCCCUGGCCUCUGUGUUCCUGCCGCCCUCGCUCACAGCGGGCCUCAGUCCCGGACAGCAGCAGCAGGCCUGCAGAGUCCAGUUCACCUUCUACACCACAAGCAUUCUCUUCCAGGAUGUAACAUUGGAUGACAAAACUCUUGUCAGUCCAGUUCUGGGCUGCAGUGUGGCCAAUCUGUCAAUCAGCAACCUGCCUGAAAACAUUGAGUUCACAAUAAGAAAUAUCACCCAGAUAAAGGGUAGCUUCUCGGCCUCCUGCGUUUUCUGGGAUUUCACCUUAAACAAUGGCAGUGGAGGCUGGAGCUCAGACGGCUGCCAUCUCAUCAACGCCUCUGCAGAGGAGGCAACCUGCAGCUGCAACCACCUCACGUCCUUUGCAAUCCUGCUGGAUUUAUCCAGACAGGACGUCGUCGACCGCCAACACACACAAGUUCUCACUUUCAUCACCUACAUCGGUUGUGGAAUCUCGGCUGUUUUCCUCGCUGUGACCUUGCUGACAUAUCUUUCAUUUGAAAAACUGCGCCGAGACAUCCCGGCCAAGAUCCUGGUCCAGCUGUGCUUCUCCCUCCUGUUCCUCAACCUGGUCUUCCUGCUGGACGGCUGGCUGGCGCUGCAGCCGGCCGUCGGCCUGUGCGUCAGCACCGCCUUCUUCCUGCACUACUUCCUGCUGACGUCCUUCACCUGGGCGGGGCUGGAGGCGCUGCACAUGUACCUGAGCAUCGUCCGGGUCUUCACCCCCUACCUGGGCAGAUACAUGCUGAAGUUCACCCUGAUGGGCUGGGGUAUUCCCUGUGUGGUGGUGACCAUCGUGAUAUCAGUGGACAAAGACAACUAUGGGCUGAUUUCAUACGGAAGACACACAGAUGGCACCGCUGAUGACUUCUGCUGGCUGCGGAGCGACGUGGCCUUCUACGUGGGCGUGGUGGCCUACUUCCUCCUCAUCUUCUCGCUGUGUCUGGCGGUCUUCGUGGUCGUGAUGGUCCAGCUGUCCCGCAUCAAGAAGCAGAACCCUCACAACCAGUCUCCCAACCGGGGCCUGAUCACCGACGUGCGCAGCGUGGCCGGCCUGCUGAUCCUGCUGGGCCUCACCUGGGGCUUCGCCCUGUUCGCCUGGGGGCCGCUCUACCUGCCCUUCAUUUACCUCUUCUCCAUAUUCAACUCCCUGCAAGGCUUCUUCAUCUUCGUUUUCCACUGUGCUGUCAAGGAAAACGUUCGCAAGCAGUGGCGAACGUAUCUCUGCUGCGGAAAACUGCGUUUGGCGAAAAACUCAGAGUGGAGUCGAACUGCCACCCAGACCCACAGGAACCUGUCGCUCCGCACCACAUCCGCCUCGCCGCCCCAGUUCACCUCUCGAAGCUCGUCGGUCAUCAGCGAUGUCACCAACAGCAGCGGCUCCGUGUUUGUGGACAGCGGCAUAUCUGACCUCUCCAACAGCGACGUGGUCCUCAACGAGAUCCACCGGAGAAAUCUGGAGAUGAUGGAAAAGUGACACAGCCUGAAGGAUCGUCGGUUGAAAACCUCCUGCAGAUCCAGAAAGUCAUGCAGAUGGUCUUAAGGCCCCAGUUGCAAAUCAUUUUCAAGUGAAAAUAGAAAACUCUUCUGUUGUUUACAGGACAGUUGUGCUCACAUCCACGGAAAACUUGAAAAUAGAUCUCAAGGUGGAACUUUUUGGAAAUGCUUCGACUCCGUCGUCGCUGCUCCUGCGCAUGUGCACCACGGCCGGAGCAAAUACUUCUUUCUGUGCACGUGCAAGUAAAUGGACGAUAACCAGAUUCCACAAAAAUAUAUAUAUAUUUUUUGAAAAACUUGAGUUUAUUCAUUUGCACAAAAGGAUAUUUUUUCAAAAGAUUAAAAGAUGCUAAAUAUGGUCCUUACUUUUCAGACCGCAUUUAUGAAUGCACACAUGUAUGCUGCUCACAUACAGCUUUACCAUCAGUCACGAUUUGAAACAUGGAGCUGCUUUUACACAGUGAAGCAUCAGAAACAUGUCUGAUUGUUUAUGGUCUGAGUGUGAAACACAGGAUGACAACAGUUUAAAUCAAGAAGCAUUUCACUGUUACAGCUGUUUACUGCAUUUUAUGGACUGUCUGAAAGCUUUCCCUACUUAAAGCUAAUGUCGCACUGACCAUAGAGAAAUGUCUGUCACUAGCUGAUCAUUGUAGAGGUCGUUAUAUUUCUAUUUUUCUACAUUCCAAUGUAUUUUGUUGACAUAUUUCUAUAUAUGCAUGUAUUUUUUUACCUCUAUGCUUCAGUGUUAGUUGAUAUCAGAGCUGUCAAAAGCUUUUAGAGAUGGAUUACAAUAGAUGUGAUGUAAAUGUGAGAAAAUGCAGAUGCAUAUUUACUGUCUCAUAUGUGAUAUAAACACAGUUCUCUCUUUUGUGGUCAAAACAGGUCAUUUUUAUUAUUGCAUUAUGGAGUCAGAGAGCUUCUGUUUUUAUGCAAAACAAAAUAUUUUGUGGUUACAGAAAACAACAAAAUGGUUGGAAAUUAUAUAUUUUUGACAUCCUGGCUUUUCCUGUGCACAUUGUGAGUGUGUGUGAGUGAGAAAGAUAGAGAGAGACGGAGAGAUUUGGUGUUACGUGUCACUAUAACUAAUAGUGUAAUAUCGUGAGGUCUAAUUGAGCAUUAAAAUUUAAAGUUUCUUUUCUUGAUGUCGCUGUCUGACUCUGAUCCAGUCAUUCAAUCUUAUUCCAGAGAGGGUUGAACUGGAACAAUUUGACUAUUGAAAUAACUUGAGAUUCCUGCUGGGUUCAAGUGUGCAAAUCCAGCUCAGACAUGAUUUAUAAUGACUUAAAAACACCAAUGAGGUUAUUUCACAGUCAACCUGAACAGACCGUUUCCUAUAACAGUGAUGUUCAGUCUGCUGCCAGUAGGUGGCGCACUGACACUGUUAAAUAUCAUACUGUAAUGGAAUAAUAAACAUUAGUCUGUGGAUACAGUAAAGGCCAUAAACUGGUCGUCAGUCUGAGGUCAGGGCAGGUUUAAAGAACUGUUCCUUUGACCUCUUUAUUUAUGUGUUGGUUGAAUAAUACUUGUUAGUUUAUACUAAACUACAUCUCUGCUCCUUC